AUGGUUCGCGUUCGUAACGCCAUUUUCAAUUGUAUAAACGUUAUUCCCCUCGUUCUAGGCCUAUCCGCCAUUGCGGUCUCCAUCUACUUCAGCCACAGCGGUGGCACUGCCUGCCAGAGCUCCGUUCGAAACCCUUUGUUGAUAAUCGGCCUCAUUUUCAUCAUUGUAUCGGUGUUCGCCUUCCUCAGCUCUUGCUUUGAAAACACCAGCAUUUUCUUGACGAUUUACUCGAUUCUAUUGAUCUUUAUCAUAUUGGCUUUGUUUUGUGUGACCUUCUUCGCCUUGAUCAUCUCGAACAAGGCGUUGUCUAAGAAGGUCAUCGGGAUCGGAGUCGGAUCGCUUCGAGUCAAAGAUUAUUCGAAUUGGUUGAAAAAUAACUUUGUGGAUAACGGGCAUUGGGAAGAGGCUCGGAGUUGCUUGAGCGAUUCCCAUAUUUGCAAAACCCUCCAUAGCGACAAACAUCUCUUAGGUUUCGUGAAGCACAAGUUUUCAAUGAUACAAUCCGGAUGUUGCAAGCCGCCCAUUUACUGCAAAUUCGAAUACAAAAACUCGACGUUUUGGGAGAUGCCGAAGUCGGGACCCGACGUCCCCGAUAGCGACUGCCUCACUUGGAGCAACGACAAGAACAAGCUUUGCUUCGAUUGCAAGUCAUGCAAGGGCGGAUUUUUAGACGACCUUCGGAAACAAUGGAGGUUUUUGGCAUUCGUUAACCUAGGCAUCCUCGUAAUUAUCUUCAUCGUCUUCAACUUCAGUUGCUGCGUCAGGCGACGGAAAAACCCGGCACCCGAUGGUGUUGCAUAA